CACCACCCGCGGGCCCAGAGAAAAGAGGGCGCCGGGCCGCUGGAUAGCGCGGGCCGCUCGGCCAAGGCGCGCCGUACCCGGCGCUGCACCGGGGGUGAGGGGGUCCGCGGGUCCUACUCUGAGUCUCCUUCCCACCGCCCCCCCCUUCAUCCAUCCUUCGCUCACUCUCCUUCCUCUUUCACCUCGUCCUCUCCUUUUUUUGUUGACUUUCUACCGCCGCUCCCCCCCCAUCCGCGAGAAUAGCGGGUGUCCCUGGGUUCCCCCGCCACUCCCCUUUCCCGCUGCCCCUCCUCUUGUUUACCCAGUUGGGGGGUGUUGCGAGUGUGUAUCCCCCUCCCCAAACUUUUUUAUUGGAUUUACAUUUUUUCUUUCUCAAGCCUCAGCCGAGCCUUGGCAGCUGACACCCUCUCCCUCCGUCCAGCUCUCCCGCCGUCCCAUUCAGCCCGGGGAAUCCCCCAGCCAGGCCGGAGCGGGGAAAGCGGUGGGGGCCGGGACUGCAGGAGGCCAGACUUUAUCUCGGAGCUCUUUUCUCUCCGGUCCCACCUUGAACGUUUCUUCCAACCAAGUAGGGGAGACGGAAAGUGGGGAGAGCAAACAGAGUCCGCUGACAAAGCCCCCAGAUGAAUCACUCGUUGGGGUGUUGGUCUUCGCUUUUUGCAAGAAAGUUAAAAGUGACUGUAGCCGAUACGUUGGCAAUCUGUUUGCCUGUCCACCUUAGGUGGGGGACCCCUGUUUGAGAGACCUGGGCUGGAACUUUGUUUUUCCUCCUUUAUUUCUAUUUGCAAACGAAGCACUUAGUGGGCAGUAGUGAUGAGCUCACGGGGAAACUUCGGAACCGGAGGAGGUUAGGAAGCUCGUCACUCUAAGUGCGUUCUUCCCGCCUCUCUGGGUUAUUUUCCUUCUUCGAAUAACUUCGUGAAAUCCCAGACGCGUAGCUUGGGCUCUUGAGGACUUUUGGAACUAACCAGGAACGGAUAUAGAAUUUUCAAAAAAUUUUUCACCCAGCCACUUGGAUCCAUCCCAGUGAAAUAAAUAUAGGGAAUUGAGGAUUUCAAACAUUACCUAUUGUGUAUAUCUGGUUUGUUGUUUUAAAACACAUUCUUUCAAAUGAGGGUAAUUUGAUUUUUUAAGUAGUUGUUGAGAAAUGUUCAAGCUUCUUAAAGUUGAAGAUACUCAAAAUUAUGGAACUCAAACUUCCCCCUUUUCUCAUUCUGAUCUAGUAUUAUUUUAUUACACUUUGAUGAGCUUGAUAAUAAUGUGAUAAAGCAACUUAAAAUGCAUGGGAAAAGAAAUGAUACAUAACUAGCUGGCAUCCAGGUUGGUGUAAAGGUGGCAAGUUCCUCUAGAAAAAGCUUUUGAAUGGUCAUUUAAAAAUAUGAGAUUAAUGGACUUCUGAAGUGAUUAUCAUGUGAUGGAUGAUUUAGAUUUGCCAUAUUAAACCUGAUGUCUGUAAACUUAAUGAAGAUUGGAAAAAAACAAGAGUUCUUUGUGUAAAAUAAAAACAUAGUCUUUGGAAAGGUAAUUGAGAAAUCUUUUGGAAAUCCUUAUUAUUCUUUCCCUGGAUAAAUCUAAUACUGAACAUUUGUUGAUCAAUUUUUAAAUUAGAUUUUUAUAUUAUAUUUUUUUCAGCUAUUAAAAUCUUUUUUUCUACCUGAUGGAGAAGUGUGAAACUAAUAUUUGAUCCUGGGCUUGUCAAGGUGUGCAGUGAAAAUUAUUGGAAAACAUAAUUUAGAGCCGAGGAGAGUUGAAUGGGUAAAGAGACUAUUUCAGUCUUUCCUAUGGAAAGGUAUGAAUAGAUUUAAUCAGUUACGGUUUUAAGUACUUUUCACUGGGGAAACUGAGAGUUAAACUUUCUUGUUUCCUGGAGCAUCCUAUUGAAUUUAUAUUUUAAAACAAUUUAACACCUGCUUGCUUUCCAGAUAACCUGGUGGAAAGUGAAAGCUAUAGCUGUUAAAAUGUUUGAUGAAUGAUUCUCCUAACAGGACAUUCAAGAUAUGACUCACCCAUGCUAAUUUGCUUCAGUACAAAAUCUUUUACCCUCUGGCACUGGAGAUUUCAUGGUGCUGUAUCCUACCACCUUGGGUGAUAAAAUAACAUUUCUGUUUUGUUUUUUGCCAUCCUCAAAAAGAAAAUUUGGGCAGGGUUAAAAAGCCUUACAGUGGAAAGAGAUGGGAGAUGAAAUUGAAACUGAUUUGAUGAUGCUAGUCAAAAGCCUACCCAGAAAUUCUAUUUUUAAAAAUAAAUCAUUUUAUUGAAGGCAGGCUGUGGUUGUUACUUUACUCUGUCUCUCCCCCAGAGAACAAGUUGGGAAAACACAGUUCCCCUCUUAGAAGGCUUCAUGUAGAAGUGUGAGGAUCCUAGGAAUCCUCAGGGAUUGAUUCCUGUAGUGGUCCAGGCAUUCUACAGCAUUUCACCCAAGAAGCAGGGGCCUGGUGUGACCUCGUGUGAGAGUGAGCUUCAGCAGUGCUGUAAAAAUACUUUAUGUUGCCACAGACAUCUGAAUUGGUAAAAUGGCAGCCCACGAAGCCUCCCAUCACCAACAGCAGGCAGCACAGAACAGCUUGCUGCCCCUCCUGAGCUCUGCUGUGGAGCCCCCUGAUCAGAAACCAUUGCUUCCAAUACCAAUAACUCAAAAACCUCAGGCUGCACCAGAAACAUUAAAGGAUACCAUUGGGAUUAAAAAAGAAAAACCCAAAACUUCAUUUGUGUGCACUUACUGCAGUAAAGCUUUCAGGGACAGCUAUCACCUGAGGCGCCAUGAGUCCUGCCACACAGGGAUCAAGUUGGUGUCCCGGCCAAAGAAAACCCCCACCACAGUGGUUCCACUUAUCUCCACCAUCGCUGGGGACAGCAGCCGAACUUCGUUGGUCUCCACCAUUGCAGGCAUCUUGUCAACAGUCACUACAUCUUCCUCGGGCACCAACCCCAGCAGCAGUGCCAGCUCCACAGCUAUGCCCGUGACCCAGUCUGUCAAGAAACCCAGUAAGCCUGUCAAGAAAAACCAUGCUUGUGAGAUGUGUGGGAAGGCCUUCCGAGAUGUAUACCACCUCAAUCGGCACAAGCUCUCCCAUUCAGACGAAAAGCCUUUCGAGUGUCCUAUUUGUCAUCAGCGCUUCAAGAGGAAGGACCGGAUGACCUACCAUGUGAGGUCUCAUGAAGGAGGCAUCACCAAACCCUAUACUUGCAGUGUUUGUGGGAAAGGCUUUUCGAGGCCUGACCACUUAAGCUGUCACGUAAAACAUGUCCAUUCAACAGAAAGACCCUUCAAAUGCCAAUUUUCCUCCCUCAUGCAGACAUGUACUGCUGCCUUUGCCACCAAAGACAGACUGCGGACACACAUGGUACGCCACGAAGGCAAGGUAUCGUGUAAUAUCUGUGGGAAACUUCUGAGUGCAGCAUACAUCACCAGCCACUUAAAGACACAUGGGCAGAGCCAAAGUAUCAACUGUAAUACAUGUAAACAAGGCAUCAAUAAAACAUGUAUGAAUGAAGAGACCAGCAACCAGAAGCAGCAGCAGCAGCAGCAGCAGCAGCAGCAACAGCAGCAGCAGCAGCAGCAGCAGCAUGUGACAAGCUGGCCAGGGAAGCAGGUAGAGACACUGAGACUAUGGGAAGAAGCUGUCAAAGCAAGAAAGAAAGAAGCUGCUAACCUGUGCCAAACCUCCACGGCUGCUGCAACACCUGUGACUCUCACUACUCCAUUCAAUAUAACAUCCUCUGUGUCAUCUGGGACUAUGUCAAACCCAGUCACAGUGGCAGCUGCAAUGAGCAUGAGAAGUCCAGUAAAUGUUUCAAGUGCAGUUAACAUAACCAGCCCAAUGAACAUAGGGCACCCUGUAACUAUAACCAGUCCAUUAUCCAUGACCUCUCCUUUAACACUCACUACCCCAGUCAAUCUCCCCACCCCUGUCACUGCCCCAGUGAAUAUAGCACACCCUGUGACGAUCACGUCUCCAAUGAACCUGCCCACGCCUAUGACAUUAGCUGCCCCUCUCAAUAUAGCAAUGAGGCCUGUAGAGAGUAUGCCUUUCUUACCCCAAGCUUUGCCUACAUCACCACCUUGGUAAGCAGUAUUAAAAAAUCAAAAUAUGGGUUUAAAGUAAAUAUUUACCAGCAACUUAUUUCUGGUUGAUUAAAGCAAGAAGUAAACCUCGAUGAAAUUGGGAGAUUUUAUUACGUUAGUUAAUAAGAAUGUAGUAGCAUUUUUUUCCAAUUUGAUUGGGAUUGUUCAAAGUAGGGUGAGUAUGUAACUUAUCCCUGAACCACUUUAGUUUAAUCAGAAAUUCCUUUUAGCUAACAGCAUUGCUUAAACAGGAUAUUAGUUGGCAAGAUGAAAUGCCAGAAUUAAAACCAAUCAUAAAAAAGCAAAACCCAUUUCAAAAUAAAACAAAAACAGCAUUACUGUUUCUAAUCCCCCAAAAUCGUUUAUUCUAAACACUAGCAGAACUCUUUUCGCUAAACAAGGUGGAUGGCUGACUUUAACCUGAAGUUCUAAAUCCAUGGACUGAGAGCUAGUGUAGAAUUGUCUAUGUUUAUUGUUUUUAUGAGUAAAUACAUGCAUUGUCAUAAUAAAAUGCAUUUCAGAGAAUAUGCAUUUUACCUUUGGGAAUAUGUUAAUUUCAGGCAGCAUUCCCUAUGGGAAAGGUGAUACCAGCUCUGAUAUGCAAAGCAUAUGAUAAUUUAUCAUUCUAACUUCAACAUAUAAUAGGGAUUGUGACCUGAUAUUUGGAGAUGUAAAUAUUGCUUAGCAUAUUAAUCCUGAUGGACUGUAGCAUUGUAGUUGACUUUUUAAAAAAAUUAAAACUUAAAAAAAAAAAAAGAAGAAGAAGAAGAACCCAACCAAAAUAUACAAAUUGUGUUUUGGUAAGAAAAGGCCACAAGUGACAGAAAAGUCAAGCAUGCGGACAGGCAAGCUCCUGAUGAAUGGAGGCCAAUGGGACUCUCCUAUUCAGGAGCCAAGGAGUACUUUGGAACAGUUAAAAUAUAUUGCUUUAAAUUGGAAGACCCUGGAGGCACUGGGAUGUGAUAUGCCCCUCUCUCCCAAUCAGACCCUGUUGAUGUUACAACAGGGACAGAUGUGUUAGUUGCUCACUAGAGUUUAUGUCUUAUAUUAAAUUGUAUACAGUUUUUAUUCUAACCACUAACUAGGUAGUAUGCCCCUUCAGAACAAGCAGACUGUAUUUUUUUUUAAUUUCCCCUUCCGUUUCUUAAUCAAGUAUUGUGCAGAUUUGUUCAACUUUGUAAAUAUGGACAUCACCUUUUUUUUUCUUUGAGAAAACACUUGUAUCAGCUUUGUGGUAUUUUCAGGGAGAUAGCCGUCUGCACUCCCUGUGGAAACCCAGCAAUGAUUAUGCACGUUGAGACGUGCUUUUUAUUUCUUAGCAGGAUGUUUUAUUUCUGUACAUAAAGUAGAAACCAAAAGCUAGGGAAACAGAUACUUUAUACCAUCAUGCCACACAUUAAUGUUUUUUAAACACUGUGUUUUAAAAAAAAAAAAACUAAGACCAAGACGCUCUGAUUUUUUUUUUUUUAAGUUGCAAUAUGUUUGGGGUUCUUUUUUUUUCCUUUUUUAAUCUUGCAGUUAAGAGAAAUGGAAAUUAGUUGUGUUAAUCUUGCAGAAUGUUUGCAGGACUGACUAUCAAACUGGAUGACUUCCGUUUAUACCCCACUGUGUCAGUUCAAGCAUCAGAAUACCUUGCAUCUGAGGCAGACUUCCUACAUCAGGGACAGGUAUCUGUGUGUCAUUAUACAAAACAGUUCUAGGGGGUUGAACUACAUAGUAAAAAAUAAAAUAAAUAGUACUUAGUGUAAAAUAAUUUUAUAAAUGAUCUUUUGUACUUUAGGACAUUAAAUUGUACAACUUUUGUAUAUAUAAAAGCUUAGGAACUUUCUGUUUAGCAGGAAGGCAACACAUUCCUACACUUUUAAUGUAUAUGUUUGUUAUAAUGUCCAUGUAAACAUGCCCUAUGUUUGUGCCUUUUAAUUAGUUUGUCUCAAUAAACAAAAUGUAGAGAAAAAUAUGUAGCUAUGACUUUGUUACAAUUGUUCUUAUUCACAGUACAAAGAACGUUUGUUUUUACUACGUAGAGCAUAAUGUGUGGACUACUGGGAGGACUCAUGUAGGGAAGGCCCAUGCAUGGCCCUGCUGAGGCCUGGAUUGGGCGGGCGGUGGCCACAUUUGGAGGAAGCCCAUAUUUUCUGGCAUGCAGCCUCAGAACCAGGUUCUGGCUCUGCCUGCUGGGACCUUUCAUCUCUACCUGGCUGGGCUGACAAUCAUGAUCCUCCAUGAUUCAUACAGCCCAGGCUUCCUCCAUAAUGGCAUAAGGAGCAGUCCUCAGUGGGGGCAGGUGUGGGCCCUACCCCUAGGCUAGAGUAUGGUCGUCUGAACCCUGAAAGUAUUAGUUCUUUAAAAAAAACAAAAAGAUAUUUACUAGAAAUGAUUGUUUUAUCAAUUCAUUGUAUAAUAAACAGGAGUGAGACUUCAUUGUAUGACAGUUAAAA